GAAUGGAUGUGAAAUUUGUCAUUGUUUUGGUUGUUCUACCACUCAUGGUUAGUCAGACGUCUGAGACUUUGUUUCCUGGGGCCUUUAACUGUUGCAUGAAAAUUUCAGAUGAAAUUCCCAAAGGAUUUCUCAGAAGAGUGGAGAGAUUUGAAAUCCAGAAAGCUGAUGGCCUGUGUCACCUAGAGGCUGUUAUUCUUCACAUGAAAGGCAAAAAGUUCUGUGUGAAUCCAUGGAACAGAAAAAUCAAGAAAAGGAUGAAGAAGAUGAAGCACAAGAUUCAUAGGAGCAAAUCUCAUAUCAGAAAGCAGAGAAGAACCAGAAUUACCAAACAGAAAGAACAGAAGCAGCAGCAAAAUGAAGCAAGACCAUGAUGAAGAUACUGUGGCAUACAGCACUGUGGGCAAGGAUACCAGAUUUCACCAGUGAUGGAUGAUUGUAGGAUUAAAAUGACUUUUCAAAUCUCUUUGUGCUAGAGAAAGCAGAGGCAGAAAACAUCACCUGUACUCAGAACAAUGCUGAUCAGAUUAUCAGACAAAUGACAAGUUGUUCCU